CAACCGCUUUUUGUUGGAAUCUCCUUUUCCUAUUUAUUCGAUCGCUUCCACUCCCUCGUGCCGCUGAACGCGAAUCAAACCCUCGAUCUGAGCUGGUAACCAAGCGGAGGCCAUGGCGAUCUCGGAGGUUGAGGCGGUUAAACUGGAUGAGUUGAUCCAGUGCACGUUGGCGUCGCGAUACGUUCGUCAGGGUGUUCAUCGGUUGAGUUUGGUGGCGCGGGGAUCGCGGACUGAAGUUUUGUUGUGUUUCUUUCUUUCUUUUUUGUUUUUGUUUUUGAUGAUUUGUGUUGAUUGGGGGCGCAGGUUUAGGAUGCCGCCGCAGUCGAUCCCGAAGGAGGCGGCUUAUCAGAUCAUCAACGAUGAGUUGAUGCUGGACGGGAACCCGAGGCUGAACCUGGCGUCGUUUGUGACGACGUGGAUGGAGCCGGAGUGCGACAAGCUGAUCAUGGACGCUGUCAAUAAGAACUAUGUCGACAUGGAUGAGUACCCAGUCACCACUGAACUCCAGAACCGUUGUGUCAACAUGAUAGCCCAUCUUUUUAAUGCCCCGAUUGGGGAUGAUGAAACAGCUAUUGGAGUUGGGACAGUGGGUUCCUCAGAAGCUAUCAUGCUUGCAGGGCUUGCAUUCAAGAGGAAGUGGCAGAACAGAAGAAAGGCUGAGGGGAAGCCUACAGACAAACCCAACAUUGUUACUGGAGCAAAUGUUCAGGUUUGUUGGGAGAAAUUUGCCAGGUACUUUGAAGUAGAGCUAAAAGAAGUCAAAUUGAGAGAGGGUUAUUAUGUGAUGGACCCUGCCAAGGCAGUGGAGAUGGUUGAUGAGAAUACUAUUUGUGUUGCUGCCAUCUUGGGUUCAACUCUCACUGGAGAGUUUGAGGAUGUUAAGACUCUUAACGAUCUCCUGACAGCCAAAAACAAAGAAGCUGGGUGGGAUGUACCGAUACAUGUCGAUGCUGCUAGUGGUGGAUUCAUAGCGCCUUUCCUCUACCCUGAGUUGGAAUGGGAUUUCAGGCUACCUCUGGUUAAGAGCAUAAAUGUCAGCGGCCACAAAUAUGGUUUGGUUUAUGCGGGAGUAGGAUGGGUUGUGUGGAGGAACAAGGAGGAUUUGCCUGAAGAGCUUAUCUUCCAUAUCAAUUAUCUUGGAGCUGACCAGCCUACUUUCACUCUCAACUUCUCUAAAGGAUCCAGUCAAAUAAUUGCCCAAUACUACCAGUUAAUCCGUUUGGGCUUUGAGGGUUACAGGAACAUCAUGGAAAACUGCACAGAGAAUAUGAAGGUACUGAAGGCCGGGAUCGAGGCGACAGAAAGGUUUGUGAUCGUCUCCAAGGAUGUCGGCGUGCCCCUCGUUGCCUUCUCGCUCAAGGACUCAAGCAAGUUCACUGUUUUCGACGUCUCAGAGAGCUUGAGGAGGUUUGGGUGGAUUGUUCCGGCCUACACCAUGCCGGCUGAUGCUGAGCAUGUUGCGGUCCUUCGUGUUGUGAUCAGGGAGGACUUCAGCCGGAGCCUUGCUGAGCGCCUGGUGAUCGACAUCCAGAAGGUCUUGUUGGACUUGGACCACCGGUGGACUCGAACGUCUACGGCGAUCACCCACGUCCAGGUCGAGGAGAAACCUGAGCAACCGGAGGUCUUGAACAAGAGCAUCAGAGAGAUUACCAAGUAUUGGAAGGCAUUGGUGCAGCGUAACAAGAAAACCAGUGGAGUUUGUUAAGCGAGGCACGCAGUGGGAUCUCCAUUCCUGCUCCUGAAGUUGAAUAAUUGCCUCUCCUAGUAGGUUUUGUGGUUCGAGAGUUUGUUUAAGCAACAUAACCACUGUCAUUCUAUGCA